AUGGUGCGGAUUGAAGAAGUUCAAGACGAAACCGAAAAGCUCAGGCAACAAGGGCUUGCUACUGAAAAAGAUGACGACGAUGAGUGGGAGGCCAUCGAUGCAGAUACCGACGACGAUGAUGAUCUCUCAGAUGACGAAGAUGUGGAUGAACGUGGCGUAAUUCUUGCCAAUGAAAGUCUCUGGGAUCGUAUUUCUGCGUUGAGGGACAUAAUAUCUCCCACUACGCGUGCUAAGUUGUCAAAAAUGUGGCAGACGACGUCGGCAUAUGGCUUCUUUGGCGGCUGGAUUGCCGGCAAGCUCAUUUGGAUUGGUGUGACGUCUGCUUUGGUGGUUGGUCUUCCAUUUGCACUGGCUGUUGAGGAUGAAAGUCGCUUCGCUGUACAAGAAAAAGAAAUUGCUGCCCAGCAACAAGGUGCCGGUGUCCCAACAAACCCGCUCUCGCCCCCUGGUGUAUCUGGUCAGCCUGAGGGACUGCGCCCGCCGGGCUUUUAA